GCAGCCAUGCCGAUUUUCAAGGAAACGAACACGCAGCGAUUGCGGACGCAGUGUGCCUGUGGUGCAUGGUAUGCAUUGAGGUUAGUCGGCAAGUUGUCAGCGCUGAGAGCACCACUGUAAAUUCAAGCAUGCCCCAGUGUUGUCGUCAUCAUUGUCUCCGUCGUUGCUUGCAGCACCAUAUAUUCCUAUACCACGCAGGUAUUUAUGCUGCAAGCCAGAGCCCGAAGUUACGAUAGAUGACCGGCCUCCUUUGGAACCUUCUCGUCGGACCAGAUGCCCAAAGCCUUGUGCCCGCGCCUUUCGGUAAUGCGGAAGUGGAUGGGCUUCCUCAGCUGAUCAUGCGCUUUUUCGCCUGGACGGCCGUGUGGGUUCUUCUUUGGUACAUCUUAAGUUGCACACAGCCUUUGUGGGGGUCUGUAGUGGCUCCGAGUGAAAAGCCACAUGAGAACGAUCGGUAUUGGAUGGUACGGAAUCUGAUAGGUGUGAUCCAUGCAUUCUUUGUGGCUGCUAUUGCGAUUCCAGCUUUGCUUGCCUUGAGCAGGGCCCCAGAUGACGUUCGUUUUGCGGCAUCUUCACACCUCGAGACAUGCGCCAUGGACCCGGACUUUUACCCUGGUGAGAAUUGGGGGAUGCACAUCGAGGCCGUGGCAUUGGCUGGACUUGCGUUCACUGCUUUCACAACUGCUGAUGUUGUUUUGUCUAUGCUGCAUGGUCUUGCCACAGUGGACUACAUGGUGCACCACGCCGCCUUCAUCUUGGCGGGCCUUCUCUUGCGUGGAAACUGUAUGCUGCCGUGGAAGGGAUCCGUGCAAUUGGCAAUGGAGGCAUCAACACCUUUCCUUAACAUCAUGUUGUUCUAUCAGAACCGUGGAGCCGUUUAUCGGCUUCUAGUCAUUUUGUGUGGUACCGUCUUUGUUGCUUCCUACGUUUAUUUCCGGCUGAUCCAGAACACUUACGCUACAGCGCUCCUGUGGCUCCGUGGCAACACAGCAUUUCCGUCAGGAAUGCCGCGGUGGGAGAUGUGGCUAGCAAUUGUAGCUUGCACUGCAGGGGCUGCGGUACAGUUCUUUUGGUUUCCAGCCAUUGUGCGGACACUUUUCAAGGCGACGCUGAGCAGAAUUGACAAGCGCGAAGCUUAUAACGAACACUUCAUGACACAAGGACAUGGGAAUCAGUUCACCAGCUUGGUGAAUCAGCGCCACCACGUGGUUGCUUGAAGGGAUGGUUUGCUGGUUGGCUGCUCACUGUGCAGAGUGCAUGCAGCUGUCUGCCGAUGCAGGAACAGCAUGUGCAAUUUACGCGUGUCCCGAGGCGGCUUUGACUAUCGACCGUCUGUUUUGGAGAUGUACCUUCUUUGCAGGCCACAGUACAGACACAUGGUCAAUGUCAGGACAUCUGGCCCUAGUGAAGAUCUAGGGGUCGGGGUUCCAGGCCAAGCGAGCUCAUCACAUGCUCCCAAACAGGGUGUUUCUUCCUGGGUGGGGAGAUGGUGCUAAUAAUCAGUGGUGCGACGUACCUCACGAGCAAGAAGCAGACGCCGAAGGACCCUGUGGAUGGGGGUGCAGACUGAGGACAAAGUUGCCCAGGAUGCUCUGCCGAGUUUUCGUUGCAGAUGAUCCUGCAUUGGCCAAAAGACGUAGUACCCCGGAGUUGCGGAUGAGAGUGAGGGGGCCUGCGCGGGGCGACGGAAUCCCAAUUAAGCCGCGUACCCAGGGACAAUGAAUGACUGUUCGGCCACCGCGUUCUGACGUGCCUGCGAGAAAUAGGAAUCGAAGGAACGUGGCUGUGUCAUUCGCGUUGGUGGUGUAACUGUGGCGCCCAGCAUGCCACUUGAUUUCCGUUGGAGCAAUCGAUCAUCGUUUGCAAUCGUCCCCACUGAGCCGGACGAUUCAGCACGGUUCCGCCACCAAGGCGUAUUGGAUGCGGUGCCACCGAGCUAGGUUGUCGAUUUAAUCGUUCUUCGUUGAGCAGUUUCUGUGAAGGGACCAUUACAGAGUGGAGGAGCAGUAGCAUGCACAGGAAACGUGCCGACCAAAUCGGGCCUCCGUGAAUUAUCCAUGCGCCCCUUGCUUGGGCAGGCUUCGGCUCUUUCAGCUGUUUUUUUGUUCAGGCUUCCUGACGCAGCUCUGGUAACCGAAGGUAUUCUGGUUUCCGGCUUCGUGCCUGCUUCUAAUACAAGCCAGCGUGGACCCUACAAUGGGUUAUUACAUUGUGGCUGUGACAGCUAUGCGGUCCAAACAGAUGUGGAGCAACAUAACUUCCGGACGAUCAGUGUUACAUUCCCUAUCGUUUUCCCUGGUGCGC